AUGGAGGCAGCGAGCGCAGCCGCAGCGUCUGGCUCUGACCCUGGGCCUGGUCCUGGCUCUGGGUCUGGGUCUGGCUCUGGGUCUGGCUCUGGCUUGACCGAGUACGCUGGGGUCGCUGGGGUCGCUGCUGCUCACCGUGGAAUUGGCUCGAGCAAUGCUUCAGGCGGCACCAGCACCAGCACCAGCACCAGCACCGCAUCGUCGUCGUCAUUGGUGCAUGCUGAUGCCAUGUCUGGCAUGCCACCGGGGUCGUCGUCGUCGUCGUGCUCGGCUGCAGAGUCGUCGUUCAAGCCGCCUGCUUCCUCAAAUCUUCCCAAUAUCAACAGCAGCAGCACUGCGUCCCCGUCCUGUGGUGCAACCGUCGCCCCCGCGUCCCCUGCAGCACCAGCACCUGCACCUGCAGCACUCGAUACUGCGCGCCAAGAGCCCCAGCACACCGGGCGGAGCUCGUCCAGCAGCAGCCCAAUAAGUAGUGCCAGUCAUCACAUUGGCCCGUCACACCAGCCGUCGUCAAUGACGAUGAUGAUGAUGGUGAGGUCUGACACCACCAGCUCAGAUAAUGCUAGCAGCACUGCAGGGAUUAAUCCGCCGACUCAGCUUGGGCGGGUGGCAAGCAAGACCACGGUCGCAGUCCAGUCACCAACCCCGCCACCGCAAGAAGUCCACCCUGCAGCGACCAUGCCAACAGAACAAUCAUCGUCGCCGUCAUUGGGAACACCUGCUGCGGAUGCUGCUGAUGCUGAUGCUGAUGCAGUCGCCGCAACGGCGUCGUCGGACGUCGCACCCGAACAGGCUUGGACUGCUCAAGCAGAGUAUGCACUGCCAGUGAUCACGUACUCGGAUGGCGGCCACGAGCGAUCGCUGUCUGAUUUGAGCGAGUCCCGCGACCACCAGCAUUUGGAUGUGCUGCACCUACAACGCGGCCGCAGUCGGCACCGAAGUAACAGCGCCUCGAGCGACGCCAGCUUUUUCAGCAACUCCAGCCUCCUCACAACCGUUAGCACGAGCAGCCUCGAGUCAACCACAAGCGAGGAUCACAGUGACAUGGAGGCGCUCCAUCGGGAACCCCUCUCACCGUCAGCCCGCUUCAGGUAUAUGCAACACAGCGAAAACCCAUCAUCCGCAAGCUCUGAAACCUCGCUCGCCGUGUCCCACCUUCGCGACGACAGCACAGACUCGACAACUUGGGCCAGCGGCCACUUUACAUCCUCCGAAGCGCUCAGCGAUCACCAUUCUUCCCCACGGCAACACGCAAGCAGACGCCCUUGGCUGGCCGAGCAUUCAGCCAGCGAUCCAUCCUGGGUGCCAAGGCGCACACGCUAUUCCUAUCUGCAAUCCCUCGAGCACAACUUGUUGCCAUCGGACGAGAACGGUGGCAGUGGUGCCCAACAGCAUCAACAACAACAGCAACAAUCUGCGCCCAAGCAACCUGGUGGACCAACUCCCACCUCGACAUCCACUUCUCCCACGACCUUGCAGCUGACGGAAGCCGCCGAGGCCGUGAUUGCAUCAAUACGACGAAAUAGCCAGUCGUCGCGUGACGCAAGCAGCCAAGUACCAGCCGACGGCGCAUUAUCAGCAGCAGCAGCAGCAGCAGCAGCAGCAGCGAUCGGAAGCUCGUCGGUGCGACCACAUCACCAGCGGCGGCAAUCGCAUUCCAAUUCCGAUUUCGACCAUCCCGCCUUGGUAACGCCAGUUAGCUUGGACAGGGAGAGCGAAGACGAUGACGACACGCUUGGUCCAUUUCCAUUACCAACAAACAAUCUCUCCACGCGCUCGUCGUUCGACGCUGCUGUGGGCAGUGGAUUUCAACCGGUGGCGGCAUCUCGCGUCCGCUCCCGCUUGCAGUCCCCCAGUGGCGGCAUUUCACUCGUGGAGCGCCUGCAACAAACGUCGGGACUGCGCGUGAUUGAGGACGACGAGCCGCCAGAACACGGCGAGCGACGUCUCGGCAUGCGCCUGUCCAAUACCAGCAUGGACCAACCCAUCGAUCUGAGUGCUGCGAUUGGCAUUGAUCUCGAUCGUUCCACGGGCCUCAAGCGCGAUGACGAGUUUGCGUAUGAAAGCGGGCGGCCCCGCUGCACCUCCCUCACCAUCCUUCCAUCUCAGCUAUCGCGCCAAGGCUCAGGGGAGAUUCAGGCGGCGAGCUUUGCGCAACAGCUGCCAUCUGUCACGUCCAUUGCUGACGAUCGUGACUUUAACACUUUGGCAUCCUCCGCCGACCUGUAUCCAUCCUCCUCCGUUCUGGACGAAUCGCGAUCGCCAUCCAUUUCGAGCGGCCCGAGAACGCCACAGACACCGCUUGAUCACUCAUCGAGCGCCUCGAAUUUCCCUGCGCUCACGUCGCCCGCGAGACGCGCGCCUGUCACCUUCCAAAGCGACUCGAGGGACUCGUCCACGCAUUUCAGCGAGUCGGAUGCCUCGCCAUCCGCGUCUAAGGCGGCUUCGGAAGUUGCCACCUCGCUCCUGGCCCAGAAGCGGGCAGCAAGUCGCCAAAUGUCGCUUCCAGUGCGUUCGCGUGUGCUCGCACCCGACGCUUCAGUCGACGUGUUUUCCAGCCCGAGCAAUCUCAUGUCGCCGCCACCGACCCAGCUGCGUCGAGAUAGCACGGCAUCCUCGGUUGGCGUCGCGUCCCCGCUGUACAUUGCCUCGCAGCAUGCGCAUGCUUUUGACAACAUCCCCCCGACGCCGCCGGGUCUGGUCGGUCGCGACUUUUUGUCACACGGCCGGCACGACUCGCAUGGCGAAAUGGAUGUCCAGUCUCCAUCUGCGAUGGCGGCCAUGCGCGAAAUCGAAGAAUCCCUUCUGGCCAACCAGUACAUUGUUAAAUUUUCUGAUUUGACGCUCGAGCACGAGCUGGGUCGAGGAAGCUUUGGUGUCGUGUACAAAGGGCGGUUACACGGCUCGCCGAUUGCUGUGAAACGACUGCUGCUGAACAUGCCCGAGAAGCUGCUGAAGGAGUUCAAUGCCGAGGUGUCUGUGAUGCGCCGGCUCCACCAUCCGAAUGUCAUCUUGUUUAUCGGUGCGACCGUCUCACCCGACCCGCUGUGCAUCAUCACCGAGUAUGUCAGCAAAGGCACGCUCGAUGGUAUCCUGAAUGACGACGGCCAAGUGAUUGAUCCCAACCGGAGACUGCGCUUCUCGUUGGACAUUGCGCGUGGCAUGAGUUGGCUUCAUCACUACGGUAUCAUCCACUCUGAUCUCAAGCCCACAAACAUUUUGGUCUCGGAAAAUGACAACUGCAAGGUCGGCGAUUUCGGUUUGAGUAAAAUGGUCAAUUACAAUCGCAUGUCCGUCAGCAACACUGGAGGCGGUGGCACUGUUGCCUACACGGCACCUGAGGUCAUCCGUGGAGAGCGACUCACAGUCAAAGUGGAUGUGUACGCGUAUGCAAUUUGCAUGUGGCAAAUUAUCACGCGAUCCCAACCCUACUCUGGGAUGCACUCGCACGCAGUCUGCUUUGCCGUGGUUGCACGUAAUAUGCGCCCUCCUGUUCCUCAGACCGCUGAAGAACCCUAUCUCGCUCUUAUGAUCAAUGAUCGACCGGAUUUCGAUUCCAUCAACACCACUCUCACCACGAUCGAACAGAACCUGCUGACGCAAAACGACCAGCUCAUUUUGAUGAACAGCUCCAGUCUGUUCCAGGCCUCUCCAAGCCACAGCGACAAUCCGACCAGCUGGACUGGAGAACAGGUGGCGGUUUGGCUUGACAUGAAAGGAUACUCGGCCUACAUCAACGCCUUUAUGGAUGCGGAAAUCAGCGGCCGCGUCCUGCUCACGCUCACAGAGGCCGAUCUCAAGGGCGAGCUUGGUGUUGCUUCUUUCGGCAAGCGCCGGGAGCUUUUGCUCGACAUUGACGAGUUGCGCCAGCUUGCGGGCCAGCUGGAAGAGUCCAUCAGGCUGCUCGCAGACGACCGCGACCCCAGCAACGGCAACGGCAACGGCAUUCCCUUGUCCAUUUCCCCGACCGGUCAGCUCUCGCCGGCAGCGCCGAGGUCGCGCACUUCCAUUGGCUCCAUUACUUCGCUCCCGGCCAUUACGGCUGGGGCGAUCGGAACCUUGAGUGCUCCCACCUCAAACACUAUUCUGGCUGCGCUUCCGGAAGGUAUCGCGGUUCACGUCCAGCAGCCCUCGACGGACGACACUGUGCGCAACAACACUCAGAGCCCCAACGCAGCCCCGUUCCGUCCAAAGAGUUUGUCGCUCAGCCGUGCGCCUUCGUCCUCGGUGCUUCCCCAGGGCGCUGAAAAGCAUGACGUGCAUGUUUUGGUCCGCUCCGGCUCUAGCACCUCGCUGGCGCGUGCCUCGUUCACGAGUCUGUCUCGAGCUCCUUCCCACCACGGUCUGCAUUCAGGCUCUCAACUCUCCAAGACCGCCGAACCUCGAAAAAUUGCCGUGUUGAAGCGCGUCGCAUCCGCCGGCAAACUGGCCUACCUCUUCCGAUCACACGAUUUGUCGGAAGACGACCUGCCGAAAGCCAAGACCGCCGCCCCAGUGACACUGUGCGACGUGUGUCGAAUGCCACUGGCUGCCGUGGUCGAUCGUCUGCUCAAGUGCCGUGGCUGCGGUUUGCGAUGCCACUUUGAGUGCUACCCCGAGAUUGCGCACACUUGCCUCAUUCUUUCCACCUACGCCGCCAAGCAACUUCAACUUGCCAACGAGCCGGUGCCUGCCAUUGCACCCGCUGCGAGCACUGAUACCCACACCGAUGGCAGCGCGGCGAAGGCAAACAAAACAGGAAUGGCUUCGUCGCCCUUGCCUGGCAAACCCAAAAACAAGGGGUCGUUUUUCAGCAUUCGCAGCGGCUUUCCCUCAAGCGCCAAUUCUGGCGCUUCUUCGGCGGCAACGGCUGGUGCCACCAGUACUGCAAACGCAUCGUCUGGAGCAGCGUCUGUUGCCGCGCCAGCGGCGGCUGUCACCGAGUCGGACGCUGUGGUCGGCCCGCCCUCGACCAAGCAGUACAUGGCGUUAGUCACCAGUCCGUCUGCCGAAAACAUUGGCUUUGGGACAAAGCCGGAAAGCAUUGUUGACAUUUUGGUGGAGCUCUUGAUGACCAUCAAGGACGGCCAGGCGCUCUACAACGCCGGUCGCCACAAAAAGUGCUACGAGCUGUACAAGACGGUCGCCAAACGGCUCACGAUCAGCUGCACCACCGAUUUGAACAACAUCUUGAUGGCGCAUCCCGACAAGAUCAAGCUGGCCGUGCAGCUCACGCCCUUUUCGUCAAAGUUUGCGCCGCCUGGACCCAUGUCGCGCGCGCUUCCAUUCGCUGCGCUUCUCAGCCAGGCCGAGGCGGUUGAAAAGACCAAAUCCUCGACGUUGGGCGGCGAAAUUGUGCGAUCCUUGUCCAUGCAACCUGGCGAGACGCGCCCCCCGCGCGAGCCCAGCCAGACGAUGCCGCCAAUGUCGGUUGCUGACGUGCACAAGCACCGGGCCCAGCUGUUUGCCCGCAAGAAGACCAACCGGAGUCUCGGCGGCGAGGACCAAAUCAAGGCAUGGCUGUCGUCUGACAACAUUACGGCCAACAUGAUGACGUACAAGCAAGAGCGCCAGCAAGAACUGGAGACCAAGCCCGCCAGCAAGCCGUCCAGGACGCCGUUGUCCUUGCAGUCAUCGGUCGGGUCCAACGACGGGGGUGAUUUGGCGAGCGGCGACAGCCACGAUCAACCGCUUGCGUCGCCGGUGAGCUCUAGUGGAUCCUUCUCCACCCACAGUACCGAUUUCCCGGACUCGCACACUUCGCCAGUGACUGUGCGAUCACACUCGUUCUCGUCAAUGUCGCACUACAACGUUGGUGGAGACGCCACGAAAGCGGCGCGCACUGCGCUCAAGAAAGUUCGCGACGAGGAGCGCGAGCGUGACAAGGAGCGCGAGAAGGAACGUGAGCGCGACCUCGCCGAGCGCGAGAAGCGCGAAAAGAAGGAGCGCAAAGAGCGUGAAAAGGAAGAACGUCGCCGCGAGAAGGAACUUCGUGAAAAGGAGCUUCACGAGAAGGAGGAGCGCGAGCGCGAAAAGGAAAAGGAGCGAGAGCGCGAAAAAGAAGAGCGCCGCCGUCGCGAGAAGGAGGCUAGGACUUCCAUGGCUGGAGCCAUUCCUCCCACCAGCCCAACUGGCGUAUCUUCAGUGCCGCGAGCGCUUGGGCUGCACAUUCCCCGCAGUUCAUCCAACACCAUCUUGAGCACACACGCAGCGCACCCGUUUGUGGUGAAUGCCAUCUACACUCAGCCCGCGCCUCCGUCUCCCUCGCUUGUGGGUGCGACUGGCUCGACUGCUGCUCUCGAUUUGGAAAGCACGUUGCAGCUCUCAGCGGUCGACGCGAGCAUCCCGACUUCCGUCAAGCGGCAAAGCUGCGAGGUUGACUGGGCACCGCCAGCCAAGGCCGCCGCCAUUCUGGGCAUUCAGUCCAUGCUUGCGCCUGCAGAUCAGGCUGCCCUGGCGACCGAGCGGCCGAAAGGCGGCCCGCCCACUGCGCCAAACUCGGCCCCCAUGCAAAAGUCGUCUUCUGCCGUCAAUCUGCCAAUCCCGCAAGACAUGCCGGUCCCGCCGUCGCCCACUCUGGCUGCCCUCUCGUCCGAGCCUUUGCCAACGACCUCCCAUGCGGCAUCUACCGCUGGCGCGGCCGAUACCCAUCCAGUAGCGGGCAGGUUGUUUUCGGGCUCGUUCUGGGGUGGCGUGAUUGGCAAGAAGACGUCGCGGACGUCUGUCAGCUCGCCCGCAGCCGCAACGAUUCAAUCGCAGUCCAGCACUUCGCUCGCUCUGGUAAAUGUCCCCUCGACCGGAGAGACGAGCAGCACUGCUUCGGCAGAUUCAGCAACAGCACGCCCGCCCGCCGACACCUCGCCCUCCAACGCUACGUCGACAGGAUUGUCCGGCGGGCGCUCUACGCAAGACCUGCAUCAUCCCACCCCGCCUCCAAACCCGGCCAAGCUGUUUGCAACCACCCUGCUUGCCCCUGGCGGGCUGCUGUCCACGCGGCGGCGCUCAGUGGAGUCCAUUUCGUACAAUCCGACGCUCGUCACAUUCCCGGCCGCAGCCGUCACAUCCAAGCCGGUCUUUCGUCGCCCAAUGUUUGGAACGAGCAUCAUCAAGGAGCGCUCAGCGUCCACCGACGACGGUAGUGCCACACCGAGCACCGCUGCUGCUGCGCUUGUCACCGCCGCGAGUGCGGAUGCGUCCGCGCAGUCUGCCAAAGUGCUCCGAGGUGGCUCGUCGUCCAGAAUCCGCCGGCCGUCCUUUUCCAGCUCGUCAGAGGCCCCGUCCAUCGCCGAGCGCGUGUCGUCUCCACCGCCACUAGCAAGCUUUGUCACCUCGAUUGCCGGCAGUGGCCAUCCAGUAGCGCUGCACACAUCCUCGUUCCCGCCCCUCUCGCCGACCGUGGAGCUGCCAUCAACCCCAACCUCUCCGGCGGCGCAGCCUCAGCAACAACCGCAACUGCCACAACAGCAACAGCAGCAACAACAACAACAACUUCCACAACAACUGUCCUUGGUCGAACCGCUGUCCGUAUCGGUUCUCAAUCGUCCGUCUUUGGACGAGUUCUUUGUCUUUGCUUGCAAGCUUGUGGUUCACUUAUCGUUCGCACUUCAACGUCUGGACAAGCGCUCGCGCAGCUGGGAGAAUGCUCUCCUGCUCAAAUCUGCGUUUGACAUUGUUUUGUAUCGCGAAGGCGUCUACCCGGCCUCGGAUGCCAACCAGCAAGAGCAAUCUCUCGACUUUAAGGACCUCAAGGCUGACGGCUUUGUUGAAGUUGUUCGAUUGUGA